AUGGAGGAAGUGAUACGAAAAGAACUGAAAUUGAAAACUCUCGAACCAUUCGGUGGUUCAGCUGGUGGUUGUAUCAGUAAAGGAAGUGGUUAUCAUUCAGAUCUUGGUGACCUCUUCAUCAAAUUUAGUGAACGUGAAAAUGCUAAGCGUAUGUUUGAUGGAGAAUUCGCAAGCCUGGAAGCUAUUUAUCAUACACAAACAAUACGUGUGCCGAAGCCAAUCAAGAGUAUAUCUGAUAGGAACCGGCAUUGUUUGGUUACGGAGUACAUUGACUUACAUGGUUCUUCAAAACCUUCACAGCUUGGCCGAGAUUUGGCACGGAUGCAUAUGCACAAUGCAUAUUUGUUGAAAGAGAAAGAGCGUGCAAGUAGUUUUGUUGGGGGUCAGGAAAAAGCUACUGAACCAAUUAUACAGUUCGGAUUUCACGUGCCCACUUGUUGUGGUUAUUUACCCCAAAUGAAUGAAUGGUGCGACGAUUGGGUGAAAUUCUUCGUGCGAAAUCGAUUGAAAUAUCAAAUCGACAUGCUAUUGGAAGAACGUAAUGACAGGGAUUUGCUUUCAUUAUGGCCUCAGUUGGAACGAAAAAUCCCAACAUUCUUUAAGGAUAAUGGAAGCAUUAUUCCAGCCCUCGUUCAUGGAGACUUGUGGUCUGGAAACUAUUCGUAUUGUGCGGAUGGCCCAGUGAUUUUUGACCCUGCUUCAUUUUACGCACACAGUGAAUAUGAACUUGGUAUAAUGAAAAUGUUUGGUGGUUUCAGUAGCUCUGUUUAUUCCGCUUAUCACGAAAUCAUUCCCGAAACGAAAGGUAUUCAGAAACGUGUUCAAUUGUACGAACUAUUCCAUCAUCUAAAUCAUUGGAAUCAUUUCGGUAAUGGAUACAAGAGUGGCACAAUUGCCAUUAUGCAUUCUUUAUCUUGA